UUUUCCAAGGACAAUAAUAUAAAAUCCGAUCCCAUGAAGCUUCCCAUUUUAAUCCUUCAUAUAUCUCUUUGCUUCCUCCGACGCGACUCGUUGUCGCGCGGCCUAUAUUGCAGGAAACCUUAUUGAGAUCUAGUCUGGGCAUAUAAAGCUCAGAUUUUUGGUAUAGCUUUCUAGUAAAGCUUCGAUCUUGAUUGUUUCCUUAAAACGCAGUUCUUGAUGAUUGAUCAUUCGACGUCGAAUCUGAAGCUCAAUUAGCAGUUCGUUCAUGGUGGUGGUGAGUGUGAAGGUCAGGUUUUUUUAUUCUCUCAGAACUGCGAGAUGGCAAAAAGCAGCAGGACAAAGGCUGCUCUGCUCAACUAGGUGAAAACGACAAACAGCGGGUGGCUCAGUGGGAAGAUAAUAGUUAAUGGGGGGAAAAGGGCUAAAAUGGAGGCCAAAAAUUUAAAAACGAAGGGCAUGGAGCUCCUUCCACUUGAUUCCUCUGUUCACCACCCACCUCCUGUUUUGGGCCACAAGAAGUGAAAAAGUUCUCAUCUUGAUGCUAUCAAUCUCCAACAGUCACCUCUUUUCCUGUUCUUGAGUUUUGAAUCUCGAUUGAUUUGUCUGAAUCAGAGGAAUUGGUGAGCAUGUGAUGGGACUUUGGAGGUCAUGUGGGAGUGUUUAAAGUGGGUUAAUGAGGCCUACGCUUCUGUUCAUGCCCUCCAGUUGCAGGACUAGAAAUAUCCGUCAAUGUCCAGCGAAGUUCUCAGCAGGUCUCCCUGUUCCACAUCCAGAAACUUCUGGUGAAAUUUGAUUCGUCUCCGGAAUAUGGAUCUUGAUUAUGGGAAGUGCUGGAACACGAAGAAGGAGUCUUGGAGGUCAGUGUUGGUGUUGGCAUAUCAGAGCCUUGGCGUGGUAUAUGGGGACCUGAGCAUUUCCCCUCUCUACGUCUACAAGAGCACAUUCGCCGAAGACAUUCAGCAUUCUGAGACCAAUGAAGAGAUAUUUGGCGUUCUGUCCUUUGUCUUCUGGACUCUCACUUUGGUUCCGCUGUUCAAGUACGUCUUCAUUGUGCUCCGCGCCGAUGACAAUGGAGAAGGGGGUACUUUCGCCCUUUAUUCGUUGAUUUGUCGACAUGCCAAGGUAAGCCUUCUGCCCAACAGGCAGGUGUCUGAUGAGGCUCUCUCGACAUAUAAACUAGAGCAUCCUCCCGAAAAUAAACAUAGCUCGAAGGUGAAAAUGUUGCUCGAGAAGUACAAGUGCUUGCAUACGGCUUUGCUGAUAGUGGUUCUCCUUGGGACUUGUAUGGUUAUUGGGGAUGGGCUGCUCACUCCAGCUAUUUCAGUUUUUUCUGCAGUUUCAGGGCUCGAGUUAUCCAUGUCUAAUUACCACCACGAGUAUGCUGUGAUUCCAAUUACAUGCUUUAUACUAGUGUGCCUCUUCGCUCUUCAACACUACGGAACACAUCGGGUUGGAUUCUUCUUUGCCCCCAUAGUUUUGACUUGGUUACUCUGCAUCAGUACCCUUGGCUUAUACAACAUAUUCAAGUGGAACCCUCAAGUCUAUAAGGCUCUUUCCCCAUACUACAUGUUCAAGUUCCUGAGGAAGACGAGAAUAAGCGGGUGGAUGUCUCUAGGCGGCAUUUUGUUGUGCAUAACAGGCUCGGAAGCGAUGUUUGCUGAUCUUGGCCACUUCUCAUACAUUGCUAUUCAGAUUGCUUUCACCUUUCUCGUUUAUCCUGCCCUCAUAUUGGCUUACAUGGGUCAAGCCGCUUACCUCUCAAAGCAUCACCACACGAUUUACCAGAUCAGCUUCUACGUCUCAGUUCCAGAAACUGUGAGGUGGCCCGUGCUUAUAGUGGCAAUCCUUGCUUCUGUUGUUGGAAGCCAAGCGAUCAUCAGCGGGACUUUCUCUAUUAUAAACCAGAGCCAAUCUCUUGGGUGCUUCCCGAGAGUAAAGGUCAUUCACACCUCAGACAAGAUUCACGGGCAGAUUUACAUUCCGGAGAUCAACUGGAUACUAAUGAUUCUGUGCAUUGCUGUCACGAUCGGUUUUAGGGACACCAAACACAUGGGAAAUGCCUCAGGACUGGCAGUGAUGACUGUGAUGCUAGUGACCACAUGCCUCACCUCCUUAGUGAUCAUUCUUUGUUGGCACAAACCGCCUGUUGUAGCCCUGUGCUUCCUCCUCUUCUUUGGCUCUGUCGAGCUACUCUACUUCUCGGCAUCCCUCACGAAGUUCACUGAAGGUGCUUGGCUCCCAAUCCUCUUGGCCUUGUUCCUGAUGACCAUAAUGUUCGUUUGGCACUAUGCCACAAUCAAGAAGUAUGAGUUUGACCUCCAUAACAAGGUCUCUCUAGAAUGGCUCCUAGCCUUGGGCCCGAGUCUGGGGAUUGCACGAGUCCCUGGAAUAGGAGUAGUCUUCACAGAUCUGACAUCAGGGAUCCCUGCUAACUUCUCUCGGUUUGUGACCAAUCUCCCUGCAUUCCACCGCAUCCUUGUUUUUGUGUGUGUGAAGUCCGUUCCCGUCCCCUAUGUUCCCCCAGCUGAGCGGUACCUUGUCGGCCGCGUUGGCCCUGCAACCCACCGGUCCUACCGAUGCAUUGUUAGGUAUGGGUACCGUGAUGUUCAUCAGGACGUGAAUUCUUUUGAGUCCGAGCUCGUGGCUAAGCUAGCAGACUACAUCCGUUACGAAUGGAGUCAUGGUCAGGCAGCCAAUUCUAGGGCCGAAGAUGAAGGACCUCGCUCAAACAGGUCCUCGAGUGAAUUUAGGCUGGCAGUGAUCGGGAUGGUGGACCUGAAAGGUCCACCAAUGUAUGAGAUAGACGAGAACCCAGAGCCAGUGAGCGUGUCCAUUGGCUUCUCGAGCGUGGGAAGCAUGACAGAUGCCAUUGAAAUGGAACCUAUGAGGACUGCACAAAAAAGAGUCAGGUUCUCCAUCGAAGACAGCUCCGAGACCGACACACCCAGGGAGAUGGAGUUGGGCUUGCAAGAAGAGCUGGAGGACUUAUCAAAUGCUCAGCAGGCGGGAACUGCAUUCAUUCUCGGGCACUCCCAUGUCCAGGCAAAGCAGGGGUCGAGCCUUCUAAAGAGACUGGCCAUCAACAUAGGAUACAACUUCCUGAGGAGGAACUGCCGGGGCCCAGAUGUGGCUUUCAGGGUGCCCCCUGCGUCUCUUCUCGAGGUCGGGAUGGUUUAUGUUGUCUAGGCUAGAGGAGAAAGUAGACAAUCAAAUAGUUACUUAUGUCUACUAUAGAUAGGUGCAAAAGCAAGGUAUCCAGUAUAUAUAAACUUCAAGCGUGCAGAUCAAGAUUCGCAUUAAGGGUCGGGCAUAGCUGAUCAAUCCAUAUUGCGUGUAGCGAUUACGGUACUGUAAUUCAUGAUCAAACUGGAAAACACGAAUUCUUCUGAAUUACUGAAGACGUGCUGAAAGUUUUUGAUCGACAGUGUCUCAUGACAACAUCUGCAGACCAUAAACAUAUGCAGAAUUGGUGCAGAGGAUUUAACUUAAAUGAAAAUGUACGUAUAGUUAUAUUA